UCGUAUCACCCAUGACAAGAACCAUACAAACAAUGUACAUCGUCUUCCGAUAUCUUCUCCAUAGCACCAAAACCCCCGUCCAAGUAUGGCCAGACCUCCGCGAGGCCCACGACGCAACCUGCAACAAGGGAAUUUCACGAAAAGAAUUAGCAGACAAGUUUCCAAACCUUGACUUUUCAGCUUGUCCGGAGAAGUGGGACUUUCCGACGCAUACCCCGGAUGAUGCGACGGUACGAGCCGAAAGAGUUCGGCGGCGGUUGAAAGAUGUUGCAAGGACCGGGGGCUAUAAAAACAUCAUGCUCGUCACGCAUCGAGGCAUCGCUGCGUUUCUGGUGCAGGGCGAUAGAUUCAGUGUUUGCGAACACCGAUCAUAUCGCUUCGCCACGAAUGAAGAAGUCGACAAAGCAAGGCAUGGAGUUAACGUAGAUACAGGGCUUGAGCAAGAUUUUGGCCCGACAGUGUUGAUACCAGCUGAGAAGCCGAAAACUCGCCAAGGGCAGUCAAGCUGACGGGUAACUACUAUCAAUAGAUGCAAUCUCCUUGCCUGAACGCAGGCUUGGACGGUCAUGAGGUUUGAGGAGAGUACAACCUUGGACUACAGUGCUGACCUCGUCUCACUAAGCAAAAAAUAAUGAUCAACUGGAAAUAUUGCUAGAAGAGUCCAAAUGGUGGCCACGUCAACAUAAGCGGAAUACCACCCUUCCUUGCGC